CUAGCAUUUCGGCACCAGUUUAAAUUUAUUGUGAGCGUUUCCUGUUUUGAGAGCUAAAGAGCACAGAAACGACCGAGAUCACCUCAGAAAGUGGGAAACUUAAUAUUAUUGUCUUGUUUAAGGACAAAAAAGAAAGACAUUUAAUUAUGUUAUGAUUCUGUUACGCCGCUGGUUUAAAUAGACGUUAAACUACACCAGAAUCCAUUCCAACGCCGACUCUAACGUUAAGUCAGGUAACUUAUAACGUUAGUUUCGGGAAACACAACCAAGAUGCCGUCCCGUGUGGAGGACUACGAAGUGUUGUACACUAUAGGCUCCGGUUCCUAUGGAAGAUGCCAGAAAAUAAGACGAAACACUGACGGGAAAAUCCUGGUGUGGAAGGAGCUGGACUACGGCACCAUGGCAGAGAGUGAGAAGCAGAUGCUGGUGUCAGAGGUGAACCUCCUCAGGGAGCUCCAGCAUCCCAACAUCGUGCGGUACUAUGACCGCAUCAUCGAUCGUACCAACACCACGCUGUACAUCGUCAUGGAGUACUGCGAAGGCGGGGACCUGGCCAGUCUCAUCAGUCGGUGCAUCAAAGAAAGGCGUUAUUUGGAGGAGCAGUUCAUCCUGCGAGUCAUGGCGCAGCUCACCUUAGCCCUGAAGGAGUGUCACAGGCGGAGCGACGGCAGGGCCACAGUUCUUCAUCGGGACCUGAAACCAGCCAAUAUCUUCCUUGACAUCAAGCAGAACGUCAAGCUUGGGGACUUUGGCCUGGCUAGGAUUUUGAACCAUGACACGAGCUUUGCAAAGACUUUUGUUGGGACGCCUUACUACAUGUCUCCAGAACAAAUAAACAGGAUGUCAUACAACGAGAAGUCAGAUAUUUGGUCUCUGGGAUGCUUGCUUUAUGAACUUUGUGCAUUGUCGCCUCCGUUCACAGCGUACAACCAGAAGGAGUUGGCAGAGAAGAUAAGAGAGGGGAAGUUCAGGAGAAUCCCCUACCGGUACUCUGAAGAACUGAAUACCCUACUCAGCAAAAUGCUCAACUUAAAGGACUACCUGAGACCGUCCGUGGAGUCUAUCCUCCAGAGCAGUUUGUUAAAAGACAGUGUUGCUGAGGAGCAGAGGAAGGUGCAAGCACGGGCCCAGAGGAAGUCAGCAGACCCUGACUGUCACAAGCCGGCUGAAAUGGUUACCGCCUCUGUCGCAGAGCUCAAACUCAGAGAACAGGCGCUGCGGGACAGAGAGCAGGCGCUGAAGGAACGCGAGGAGAGACUGGAGAAAAGGGAGGAGGAACUGUGUACACGUGAACAGCUGACUACUGAGAAGCUUGCACGAGCAGAGAGUUUGCUGAAGAAGUACAGCCGGCUGCAGCAGCAGAAGGACCUGCCGCUGGUCUAUGGCAAAGACUUAGACUCGGAGGAUCUGUCCCCCGGCAAGAAGAAGGUCCACUUUGCAGGUGAAAGCAAAGAGAACCAGCAGCCUGAGGGUCUGCAGGGCAGACCGUACCAGGAUCUCAUGCUGCGGAGGCUGCACACUGCUAAUCUGCGGGCCCAAAAAUUGAGUGAAAUGGAGAAAAUCUGCCAGUUCAAGAGCCGGGAGAUCCUCGGCAUCCGUUGAGGGAACAAAAGGAAAUGGUCCAAUUUAAGACUGAAUGUGAAAUUCUCAACACUGGAUGUUAAUUUAGUAAUUCAUAAGAUAUGUCAAUAGUAUUUCAAGUUUUAUUAUACAGUGUGUGUUGGUGAUUUCUAGUGUACUUUGUAUGUUUUCUGCCCUAUUUAUGAGCGUCUUACAGAGAUUAUAUUGUAAUUAUAAAAAAAGAGAUUAUUUUGGGAAUAAAACAUGUCUUUGUUGAUUUUAAA